CAUCGUUUAUUUUUCAUUCACACGUCACUGAUUGUACUGUAUGAUACAUUGUGGCCCGAGCUGCGCGAGCUCCUCGCAAGAGGAAGUGUUAGGUACCGAAUCUGUCGACGUCAUCGAAUCCGGAAUUCCAAAUCGCUCCUGACGCACUUUAAAGGUGCACUACAUACGGCACGUGAUGAUGAGACUGGAGGACACCGUAUAUAGUGUACUAGAGCCAGGAUUGUGGUUCAGCCUGUGUUUCACUGAAGCUGGAAUGCGGGACGCAAGAUAAACCUAAAACUGCGGACCAAAUUCAACACCCUAUUAUUUGAAUUUAUGGGCUCCCCUCCUGCCAAAGAGUCAGUGGGUAUCCAGUUCCACAAACCCCCUCCACACUCAUCUCCGGCGCUCCUGCGGCCGAGCAGCGAACUACCGGCGGUGUAAAUUGUGCUGUUGGAUGAAGGAGGAUGGAGAAGCCGCAGUAAAUGCGGCUCAUGAUGCCGAAACGUUCCUCCUCCGUUAUUCAGGGUAGAGAGAGCGAGAGAGAGAGAGAGAGAGAGAGACGCUGCAUUUAGGCAUAACGGGGAUGUGAUGCAUUAGUCGCUUCCCUUCCAUCCUUCUCCACCUCCUUUGCUGCUCCACCGCGAGGAGCCUGAAGAUGCGCACACCACCACCUUGAAGCGACCUCGUUUGUACGUGAUUGACGAUUUGUGCUCAUGAGCCUGCUCGGAGGCUACAAGAAGAGGAGCGGUUAUGAUGGCUAUGAAUCUUUGCAGCUGGUCGAUAGCGGAGGAGGCGGCGGAGACUUCAGCGGCGGAGUAGGAGGAGGAGGUGGGGGAAGAGGUGGAGGAGGACUGGCGGCAGUGACCCUCGGCUCCAAGGCGCGACCGGACCACUGCAGCAUCAUGGAUGGCUCAGAUAUGGAUGGGAACUAUGCGGGUGGACUGCUGGACAUGGUUAAAGGAGGUGCUGGAAAGUUCUUCAGCAACUUCAAGGACAACCUGAAGGACACCAUCAAGGACACUUCCACGAAAGUUAUGAAUCAAGUGGCCACCUACACCAAAGGAGAGCUGGACAUUGCCUACAUCACAUCACGUAUCAUAGUGAUGUCAUAUCCUGCGGAGGCUGUGGAGUUGGGCUACAGGAACCACGUGGAGGAUAUCCGCUCUUUUCUGGACUCGCGUCAUGCCGAUCAUUACACUGUUUUCAACCUGUCCCAGAGGAACUACCGUGGAGCCAAGUUUUCCAACAGGGUGUCUGAAUGCAAUUGGCCAUCCAGACAAGCCCCGAGCCUUCACAACCUGUUUGCUGUGUGUAAGAACAUGCACAACUGGCUCAAGCAGAACCCCAAGAACGUGUGUGUGAUCACUUGCUCGGAUGGCAGGGGUCCUUCUGGUGUUCUGGUCUGUGCCAUGUUCUGCUUCUGCCACCUUUUCACUAACCCGGUACCUGCCAUGCAACUGCUCAGCGCCAAGAAACCCGGAUCAGGCCUGUGGCCCUCACACAGGAGGUACGUAGGCUACAUGUGUAGCAUGGUUUCAGAGAAGCCCACAUUGCCCCACUCCAAACCGCUGGUAAUCAAAGCUGUCACAAUGAAUCCCAUACCUUGCUUCAACAAACAGCGGAGUGGCUGUCGACCUUUUUGCGACGUCCUGCUCGGCGAGACAAAGAUCUUCUCCACAGCUCAGGAGUAUGAGAGGAUGAGGGAGUACAGGGUGCACGAGGGAAAGGUGGUCUUCAACCUGGGAGUGAGUGUCCAAGGCGAUGUCGUGAUCUCAGCCUACCACAUGCGCUCCCAUGCCCUACAAGCCAAGGUGACCAACACACAGAUAUUCCAGAUUCAGUUCCAUACAGGCUUCAUUGCCCCCGGCACAACAGACUUAAAGUUUAUGAAGUCCGAGUUGGAUGCGUGCGAUUCUCCAGACAAGUAUCCUCAGCUUUUCCAAGUGCUGCUGGAGAUUGAGGUGGAGAAUACUGACAAGCAGAAGGAUCUCACACCACCCUGGGAACAGUUCCCCACCAAAGACCUGAGCCCAAACUUGCUGUUCACCUGCCACCAGGAACACAAGGAUGCUCUCGCUCUUGCAGAUCCAGCACUGGCUCAAGGGGCCCAGGGGGGCCGUGUGGGCCCGAAUGAGGAGAGCGAGCCCUCCGAUGAUGACAUGCUCUCACUCUCUAGCCAGCAGAGCGGCGGCAGUGGCGAGAAAGCCAAAGGGGCCAGUAGAGCUGAGGCUCAGCCUGCUGCUCCCCCUCCGCCUGCUGAGGACGUUGACCUCUUGGGCCUGGACGGAGGUGGUGUUCAGCCUCCUCCAACUUCCCCACAGCCUCAUACCACCACUAACACCACCACAGACCUGCUGGGAGAUCUGUUUGGAGCUCCAGCCUCUCAGUUAUCCAGUGGCCCCACCUCUGCCCAGUCUACUCCUAAAAGGACCACCUCCUCAAGUUCACCUUGCCCCUCACCUAGACCUACAGACAGUUUUGACCUGUUCGGGUCGGCUCCAUCUGCCGCAAAGCCUCAAGACUUUAUGGGGGCCUUCCUGGGACCAGGUAAUGUGGGGCAGCCAGAGCCCUUCCUGCAUGCCGCACGCUCUCCAUCUCCCACUAUGCAGAACAUGGGCUUGGGCCGCAGCUCGCCGGUGCCCCCCACUACACCCACUGUAAACAUCCAGCAGCAAAGCACUGUGGGAGGAGGAUGGGACUGGAACAGAGCAACUGCCCCUGGUGGUGGUUUCAGUGUAGGCAGUAAAUCAGCUGGUACGAGUCCUACUGGCUCUGUACACAACACUCCUACUCACCAGGCCAAACCGAACACCCUGGACCCUUUUGCUGACCUCGGCAACCUGGGAACCAGUCUGGGAGGUGGAUCGGGAUUCUCCAGUAAGCCCGCCACUCCAACUGGAACAGGAGGAGGACUUCCUCCAAUGAGUUCCCCCCAGAGACCCACUGCCUCUCCCCAACACACCACAGCAGGCUGGCAGUCCAGCACGGCUUUCCCCUCAUGGCCACAUGGAGGUGCGGGUCAGUGGCAGCCACCGACCCAGGCCAAAGCCCCAGGACCAUCCAUGACACACAGCUCUCCUCAGAACAGGCCCAACUACAACGUCAGCUUCUCUGCAGUGGGUGGAGCUGCGCCAGGGGGAAAAGCACAACCCAAUAUGGGUACCAAACCGAAGGCUACUACUAUUAAUUUUGAUGACCUGCUGUCUGGCCAAGGCUUUACGGGCAAUAAGGAAAAGAGAGGCCCAAAGACUAUAGCAGAGAUGAGAAAAGAAGAGAUGGCAAAAGAGAUGGACCCAGAAAAACUCAAGAUCCUGGACUGGAUCGAGGGGAAGGAGCGUAACAUCCGUGCUCUGCUCUCCACAAUGCACACAGUGCUGUGGGAGGGAGAGAGCCGAUGGAAACCUAUAGGCAUGGCUGACCUUGUCACACCUGAACAGGUGAAGAAGGUCUACCGCAAGGCCGUGCUGGUCGUCCACCCUGACAAGGCAACUGGACAGCCCUAUGAACAAUACGCCAAGAUGAUUUUUAUGGAAUUAAACGAUGCAUGGUCAGAGUUUGAAAGCCAAGGACCGAAAGCUCUUUACUGAGACUUCCUGCAUCAAGUGACCAUAGGAAAACCCCACCCUGCUGCUGUUUACAACAUAAUUGGUCAACCACUCCUACUCAGAACAGCAUGAGAUGACCGUGUUCAUCAGAACUCCCUUCGCUGUUCUCCCUCUUCUACAUCCUGUUCUGUACACUGCACACACUAGAGCAUUCGUCUGCAUAGUGUGACUGUGUGAGUGUCAGUCUGUAAUGACUUGCGGAACUGGCCUCUGAUAAAUCAGCUGAUGAGCGAGCUACUAUGUGAGCUUAGACAUAGUGAUGUGUUCUCCACAGUGCUAGAACUUGCAUAUCUUUCUUUCUAUCAAACAUAGUAUUUCUUCCUUUUUUUUUUUCUUUUUUUUGUGUAGUUGGGUAGUUCAGUACCUAAACAUCUUGCCACACAUUAAACUGGUCUAUGUUUAUAAUGGUGCAAGUGAUGUAGACUACGUGCAGGUCGAGAUGACACUGGAGCAUGUCCUUAUUGAUACUUAGCACUAGUGGUUGACCGAUUUUGCAUUUUACCGAUAACUAGGUUUGGCGGUACCUGCUGAUAACUGACUAAUCAACCACUAGUCUGAAAACAGUUUAACAAAAAAAAUUAAAUAAAAAAGUAAAAUAUACUUUAUUACAAAAAUACUGCGCCGGCUACACCAUGAAAAUAUACUGUACUCUUUGUAAAUUAAAUAAAUAUGAAUAUAUUAACUGUUACAAAUAACUACAAAUAAAAAUAGACAUCCAAAAUGAAUUAAAAAAAACACUUCAAAUAACACAAAAUUUGUCGGUGAUCGUUUUUGUUUUGCAGCUAGAGGCUGCUCUCGGACUCCAUGAUGACAGUGGUCACUUCUCAACGGACAAAACUGGGGUAAACUGUCGGUGUGUUUUUCCGAUUAAUCAGUAAAACCCAUCAACCUGCCUUAGCACCAAGGGUUAAGGGCAAAGGUCAAAGGUUAGCAUGAGGAAACGAUGUCAGCAUACAAUAAAAAUAAAAUUUCCUUCUGCUCUACCCAUCUACACUGUGUGGAGUGAUGAGACUGUUGAAAUCCAAGUGCAGGAAUAAAAAGCACAGAAAUAAUGAAAGACUAGACCAGUCUUGUACAUGCAGCUAGAUAUAUUGAUAUAUUUAUCAAAUGAAUAAGGGGUUGAAUUAUUCCACUGACUACUGGUAUAUCUGUGUGUAUGAAAUGUGCUGCACUCUAUUUGACAUUGUUUUGUUUACAAAAGUAGUCUUAAGACAAAUGGUUUAUUCACAGCAUAGAGUGUCUACAACAAAAAAAACAAGUAACUACUAAUAUUCUUACUGAAAUAAUGUAUCAUAUCGUGGCGUGCACUUAAUUCAUUGUGGCAGGUGACUACUACAAUCUUAACACUGGAAAAAUUACAGUGAUCAUGAGUAAUAGGAUAAUAGGGCGCUUGAAGGAAAAUCAUUUUGACAUUACAAAACAAUUCUUGAAAAUGUAAUAGAUUUCUUUUUGGAAUGAGAAUGAAUUGUGAAAUAUAUAAUCAAAGGACGUUUUGACUUUUGGUGCCUUUCACUAUUCACUGACCCAUUUUAACUCAUUCUAAUUGGCCUUAUUACUGAAUAAAAAUAAUGUUUCAAAUAGGCAUGAAAGUGUAUACACUCAUAUGGUUCGAUAAAAAAACAAGGGUUUCGAUAUUCGUCGACACCCAUUUGAUGUGUUGGCGUUAUUCAAGUCUGCACUUUUUUUAUGCAGAUGUUUCUCUAUCCUCUGGAAUAAUAUCAAAUAUCUAAUUAUGUCCUAUUGUGAUAAUCAUGAAACAGGAUUAUGUCACCUCUGUCAAGAUACACUGGCUUAACACAAUUUUCUGACUGAAUUAAGAUGUAUAUUUGGCCUGAAUAUGUGUGAGUGUGUAUAUAAGUGUGUAUUGAUGUCUAUAAUUCUCCCAGUUUAUUGACAGGGCUGACUUACUAACUCUCUUGUGUUAGGGAAUGUGAAUGACCGAAUCUGCAUUGCUUCUUUUGCCGUAGAGAUCUUUCAGUUUUAUUUCACAUACCAUGAAAGGAAGACCUCAAUAUCGCCAUCUUCACUGAACAUCCUCAAGUCAACUUCUGCAAUAUUUGGAUAAAGUGAUACACGGACCAGAUGUAAUGACUCGUAGUGUUGGGCAGCCACAAAACUCAUCUGCCCGUUCUCUAUUGGUAUAUUUGCACUGGAAUGGCACUCUUUUAACUAUGAUAUACAAUAGAAAUGUGCAUUAACAUGCAGUACCUACAAACCCAUUGCUCAUCAUUUCUAUGCCUGUGUGGAAAAACUGGAACGUUUAGGGUUCUUCUGGAUCUUUCAGUCGACUGCCUCUCCCUCUCUGCAAAAGACUUACCUGAAUGUCUUCUUAAAAUAUCAGGCAGCGAUUAAUGGCUGGACUCCUACAUAUGGAAUCAUACAUUCCUCUCCCCUCACCUGUUAUGAACUGAAUUAUCGUCCACCUUGAGGCUGUCCUGUUGUUCUGAAGCUAAUCUCUGUAUACAGUAGUGAAUGUGUGGUGUUACCAAUAGUACUGUACUAUGUAAGAAGGUGGUUUGGAUACAGUUCUGUGUUUGCCUGUCUACUGUAUCACCAUUACUGAAAUGUGAACUUUCUCUUACGUGUUCCUUCUCUCAGUUUCACCCGUAAAAAAAAAAGCAAGCUGCACAAAUAAAUGGGCAAGAGAGUACACAAUCUGUAAAA